AUGGGGAGUUACAGAAUUGUUACAAAUCGUCCAAGUGUAAACACCGACUUUACCUCUUCCAAGUUGUUCAUUAACUCUCACAUAGAUGAAAUUACCAAUCUCAACAAAAGUUUGGAUGGAGAUGAUCGUCCUCAUUCAUCUACAAAUACAUUUUCACUUGUUCCAUCCAAUCAAACUUUUGCAUAUGAUGAUUUCAUGGUAAAAAAUAACUUGAAGGGUAUCGUUGAGGUUUGGGAACCUGUUGAGAAAUGCCAUUUCAUUAUUGUGGGCACUAUAAAGGAAAUUUUGCAAAACCAAAAAUGGUAUUAUCAAGCAUGUACCAACUCUUUUGGAAAACCAGAUGAAAGUGAUGCUCAUCAAACAAAGUCUUAUGAAUGUCAUAAUGAAAAUUGCACAAAAACUACCACUUUAGUUGUUCCAAGGUUUAUGAUUCCUAUACGUGUACAAGAUAAUACGGGAACUAUAACCUUAACCAUGUUUGAGAGAGAAGACGAUAUUGGUUUAUAUCCGGGGGAAAUUAAUGCAUUGAAAGGUUUGAAAUUGGCCUUUAAAAUUUAUGUUACAAAAUUCAAGGUGUCCAACAAAAACAACCAAUAUGGUAUUGCUAGAAUCAGUGAGGAUGAGACUUUAAUCGAACAACUUGAAAAUAAGUUCACCGAGUCACAGCCUUCUAAUUCACAAUCAUUGGAUUUUGGUUCGGUCGAUUUGCAAUCUCAAGAGAUCAAAAAUUUAAAGGAUGCAGUUUCUGGCAUAGAUAACAUAACUCCUUCCACUAUCGAUAAAAACGACACAACAAGUCCAAUGAAGAUUUUGAACACAACACCAGUCUUAAAGCGAAAUCUGGAAGAAGUUUUCGAUUUAGAGUUGAAUGAUCACUUAUCUACAUCAAAAACUCCAAAAAUAUCUCCAUAUGGUCCGGCAAAACAAUUGUUGAUCGUAAAGUUGGAGAAAAAUGGUUGA